AUGUUUGGGUCCUCCGGAGCCGUACGUACGGAGGAUGUAUCAGAAGCGACAGAGCGCAUCGCUGCGGGACUAGGCGUCGGAAAUGCCCACCAUCCCAAGGCCACCAAGGCUAUCCUUCUUCCUCAUUCACAUAUCGCCAUCGUGCCAACCAACAAGGCACGUCCCACCGUCGCUUUGGACAGAUCGGACUGCCUUCAGAAGGCCAAAAACUUACUGAAGGAUGGCCAGUUUGAUGCCCCACGCAACACGUUCCCCCUCAAAAGGCUGACACGCGAAAUUGAUGUAACCCUGUUAGCAUUAGAGGACUCUGCUGCAAUAACACCGACGGGCCGACGCAUGGCGCGAGUACAAGAAACAGCUUUGGUCCACUGCUAUGCCCUCCCCAAGGUGCAUAAGGAGAGCACUCUCCUCCGACCCAUCGUAUCGUUAAAGGCGCUCCAAAAUAUGAACUGA